AAUUAUUGCAAUACCGUAUCAUGGCACCAAUUGUCAUUAACUCUCUUAUUACAAAUUUAUUAAUGUAUCGUAUUUGAAGUUUGUUUGGUUUUGUAAAACAGUGCAGAUCAAGUUUUAAAGUACUCUGAUUAGUUGUUAAACAUAACACACUAUUCAAAUAGACUAUCAUUGUUAGAUUAUAAAAAAUAAUGAUAGUUUCUGUUUAGGCUACCUAUCUGUUUUACUUAUCAAAUCAAGCUACUGGUAAGAUAACUCUGGGUAGAAUAUAUUAUAUAACCUCUAAAUUCGAACGAAAUUGCGAUGACUUGCGAGUAGCCGACCACGGCAAAUCGACUAUAGUAAUAGUAGACAAUCGAUAAUUUGGUAUCGAUCAUUCAAAAAUCGACAGAUUUUGAAUGAGAUGACAGAAGACAGAAGGAAACAAAGUGAAAAGUGACAAACAAGUGACAGCUUAAAAAAAUAAAUGGUUUUUAUUGUAAGAAAUCUCUGAAAUCACAAGACUGUUUCACUUAUUUUCCCCAAGUGAUGAGGAUUUUCAAUCUUGUACCUUUCAAGCGAGUAGAGAGUAGUGUCUUAAGCUUAUCAGCGUUGAAGAGGCUAUUAUCAAUAACUAAGAGGGACCUACCAGAAAGGUGUUACUGUUCUUCAUCCAAUAUGCCAGGAAGCACUGAGGAACUUAUACCGGAUUUCCCACCUGGUCCCCUGGACCAAUAUAGGAAACAGGCAUCUUUCGAUUGGAAAAAAUUAAAGAUUCUCCUACAGGGUGAUGAAAAGUUGUACCGAUUUCAAUUGGAUAUCUGGAAUAGAUUAGAAUCAGAAGUGAUAUUUCAACACCCGGUCGAGACGCCUUCAUUAUCUGAACAGAGAAGAUUAGCGGCUGUCAGAAUGUACCGCUUGAAAGAAUGGAACCUUAUUACUCCAGAUGUAGUGUUUGACGACUCCAGAAAGGUACGGGUUUUCACCACGUCGAUUUUCCAGUAUUGUCCUUCGACAGCGAUCAAAGUGUCUCUGACGUACGGAAUGUUUCAAAAUGUGAUCCUGGCAUUGGGAUCCGAGAGGCACUUUCAUGUCUUCGAAGACGCAUUAAAACCAAAUACAGAGAUAGCAGGAUGCUUUGCUCUUACCGAAAUAGCUCAUGGAACAAAUACGAAAGGAAUGCGAACACGAGCUGUUUACAUUCCAGAAAGUGAGCAAUUUGAACUACACACACCCGACUUUCAGGCCGCCAAAUGCUGGGUUGGUAGUCUGGGUAAAAACGCAACUCAUGCUGUCGUGUAUGCUAUGCUAAUCACUCCAGAUGGAACGGAUCAUGGAUUGCAUGCUUUUUUGACCCCGAUUCGAAGCACAAAAACUAUGGAACCAUUUCCUGGUGUAAUCGUUGGAGACUUGGGUGAAAAGGCUGGAUUGAAUGGAGUUGACAAUGGUUUUGUUAUGUUUCAACAAUAUCGGAUUCCUAGAGAGAAUUUACUAAAUCGCACCGGAGACGUCCUACCGGAUGGAACCUAUACUAGUCCCUACAAAGAUCCUAAUAAGCGAUUUGGUGCGUCUCUUGGCAUGCUAUCGUCAGGUCGUAUUAGUAUAGUGACAAUUUGCGCGGCCUACUUGAUGAAGGCGGUCGUCAUAGCAAUUCGUUACUCGGCAGUGAGGAAACAGUUCGGACCCACCGAUAAAGCCGAAGACGAAUUACCUGUUAUUGAAUACCAGUUACAGCAAUGGAGACUCUUCCCAUACUUGGCUGCCGCUUACACACUGAAAAUAUUUGGAGAUAUAUUCAGCAAUCGAUUCAUGGAUUUUCAAUUGAAGCUCAUCACGGGACAGAUGGAUGCAGAUUUGGCUGCAAUGGGUCCUGAGAUCCAUGCGAUGUCAAGUGCCGGCAAGCCAUUGACGGGCUGGACUGCCAGAGACGGCAUUCAAGAGUGCAGGGAGGCUUGCGGUGGUCAUGGAUUCCUCAAAAUUUCUGGAAUCAGUGACUUGCGUAACGACAACGAUCCAAACUGUACUUAUGAAGGCGACAACAACGUACUUGUCCAACAAACCAGUAAUUGGCUGCUAGGCUUGUAUCAAGCUGGCAAAAAAGACAAAUCCGUUUUCAAAACGCCCUUCAAUUCAGUGCAUUUUCUCAGCGAUAUAGACAGGAUUCUUUCAUCAAAGUUCUCAACUUCUAAUGCUACUUCACCUGACAGUUUGUUGGGUGCUUACCGUUGGCUUGUCUGUCAUUUGUUGGUCUCAACCGACAGCAGAAUGCAGGAAAACCGAAGCUUAGGCAAAGACUCGUUCACAGCUCGAAAUGAUUCUCAAGUAUUCUAUGGACGAACGCUUUCAAUUGCAUACAUUGAGCAUUAUGUUCUUCAAACAUUUCUCCACUUCAUUGAAAACGAAUGCAAAGAUCAAGGUCAGAAAGCUGUUCUUAAACUGCUGGCUAGAUUGUAUGGUGCUUGGAGUCUGGAGAAGCAUUUGGCUACUCUUUAUCAAGGUGGAUUUGCUCAAACUACAGCAGCCAAGUGUUUGCGAGAUGGCAUUCUGGAACUCUGCUCACAAGUGAAGCCACAAGCUAUAUCAUUGGCUGACUCUCUCGCUCCUCCUGAUUUCAUCCUCAACUCAGCCCUAGGGAUGUCGGAUGGACAGAUCUACAAGAACCUUCAAGCAGCAAUCUACAGGAACCCGGAUGUAUUCCAGAAGGCAUCCUGGUGGAAUCAAGUUGUGAAUUCAAACACUAGAUCUAAACUUUGAUGAUGGAUCGUCAAUACUCUAUUGGCAUAUUUUUACUAUAGGCCUAAUUGAAAAAAUAUUAUGUGUUAUUUUUAUAAUUAAAUUUUACUCUCAAAUUUU